GUCCCGGCCGCCUUCGCAUCCCUGACAGGCCAUCGAUUGAAUCAGAAACACCACGACCAAGCGUCAAUUUGCGACCAGGUCCCCAUGAAACUCUCUACCACCCUCGCUUUUGGAGCUCUCCUCCUUGGCGAUGUAUCUGUUGCCCAACAAUUCCAAUUUCGCCCCGAAGUUCUCGAAAAUAAUACAACAUGGCCCUUGAAAGGUGCCACACUGAAGACACCUGGUGGACCUAACGACCUACCUGAUAAAUGCCCAAUGCACAGGACCUCUUCUGUUGGCAGGUUCUUCGAAGGUGUUAUCGGCACAAAGAAGCCCAAGUGCAAGCAGUUCGACAUAGCUGCUGGAGAAACGCUCAGUGGAUUCCCCCGUUUCCCUACCCGCCAGGUCCAUGCAUUCACCUUCCCCAACCAAACUUAUGUCCUCCAAGAAGAUACGCCAUCAGUCCGUGGCGAGAGGGUAGAAUUAAAGAAAGGCAUUUGGACUGAGAUUCCAGGAGGUACCACUAUUACAUGCUAUGAGGCGAAUGAUGGUGUACCGAACUGCGUGCUCAGAACUUGAGAUCAGCUAUGGCCGGACAAGAUGAAAUAGCACGGAAAACUAAUGAUGUCAAAACCAGCCCUCAUCAAUUAUAUUGGGUGCUUUCAGGAACUAGGACCUCACAGUGAUGUCACUUAGUUUCGAGGUAUAACCAACAAAUAAAAUUCAAGCCUGUGUGUGUUGAUUUGUGUUUUCCCCCUCAGGCGUUGAGGUUUAAGCCUCUCCCAAUCUCUCA